AUGAAGUCCACUUGCACAAUUAUUACAGCGCUACUCGCUACCUCUGUCGUCGCCUCUCCUCUCACCUCUCAACGGCAGUCGACUCGAUCUGCCCGAGCCACGCGCCGCACAAGCCGUCCUUAUAAUCCAGGUACCUCAGAUAUCCUCUAUCUGAACCAUUCGUCCCAGGAGACUUAUAGCUCAAACUGGGCCGGGGCUGUGCUUAUUGGUACCGGAUACACUUCGGUAUCUGGAGAGAUCACAGUUCCUGUCCCCCAACUUCCAAGGGGUGCUAAUUCCUACACAAAUUACUGUGCCUCUGCAUGGGUUGGAAUUGAUGGCGAUACCUGCAACACAGCCAUUCUACAAACAGGAAUCGAUUUCUGCAUCCAAGGGGACACUACCUCGUACAGCGCGUGGUACGAAUGGUAUCCAGACUACGCCCAUGACUUUAGAAAUGUCCAGAUCUUGCCUGGAGAUGUUAUUAAAGCAACCGUCAAUGCAACUUCGAGAAGUUCCGGCUCUGUUACUGUUGAGAAUCUAUCCACAGGCGUAUCUGUGACGCAUAUAUUCCCUCGUGGCCUCGGUGGUAGCCUGUGCGAGUUCAAUGCCGAAUGGAUUGUGGAGGACUUCUCCAUAAACAACGCAUUGGCUCCCUUUGCCGACUUUGGCACCGUAGUAUUCUCCAAUGCGGUUGCCACACGCGGUAGGAAUACGUAUGGUCCGUCGAACGCUACUGUAAUGGACAUCUAUCAGGACCGGAUUCUCACAUCGUCUUUUGUUGACGGAAACACUGUCACUAUUAGUUACGUCUAG